AUGUCUUCCAGCAAGGUACAGACUGGUUCCAAUGCCCUCGACAACGACGACGGAGAUGCAGUCCCCCUCUACACUGAAAACGACAAAGUGGGCAUUCUCAAUCUCACGGCAGCCGCCAACACAGACGUGGACCUCAAAAACAGGGCCCAAUGCCCUAUUGACGAGCCUCUCGUCUUGACGCUCACCAAGCCCUUUCGCAGGAAGCCCGCGGCGGACCUCGGCGGCCUCAGCGGUCUGCCUCUCGAGCUCGUCUUUGCCAUCUGCCGCGAGCUGGACGUCAAGUCGUGCCUUGCCCUCCGCCAGGUCAACCGCCGGGCGCGCGAAAUUGUGACGGGCAGCACCGAAUACGUCGCCGUGGUCACGCAUGCCCUUGGCGUCGUGCAGGCCGUGCUCUGGUCGGGCAUGGGCACGCGUGUGACCUUUCCCGACCUGCAUCGGCUGCUCUGCACCCAUGAGUGCAUGAUCUGCAGCGUGCCCGACGGCUGGGACAGCUACCGGUUUUACGACUCGCGCGCGCCCAUGCAGCGGCCCCUGCUGGCGCCUGGCAUCAAGAGCAUGGAGGUUGGUCAAGCCGCGCUCGAGCAGGCUAUCAUGAACCGUCCUCCAAGCGCAAUAGACACGAAAAUUGCCAGCACGGACAAGACAGAACCGGUCGACGCAGCGCCGCCCGUGCACAAGAAACCGACCGCACUGACGGCGAUGCGCAUGGCCCAGACGAACGACCAGCACGCCGACCACAUCAAGGCCCAUGAAAUGGCCGCCGGGCUGUACCUGUUCCUGCCGACACUGACGCGGUGCUGCAAGUCGUGCCUCGAAGAGUCGCCCCGGGUCCGCGUUGUGCCGGUCGUCAAACUGCGGACAGCCUUUGACCUGCCGCGGCGCUACUUUCUGCCUUAUGUGAUCACACCGUGGCUCUCGAAAAACAAGAUGCUCGCGCCGCCAGCGCUAGAAUUCCGGGCCAGACGCACAAGCCCCCGUCCCGGGUCCGACGGUUACAAGAUGAAGGUCGGCAUGGUGACCCGGGAGGCGGCGUUGCAGAUCCUCUUCGAAGCCGGGUUCUCGGCCAGCCGUGCCGAAGAGAUGAUUUACAUAUCUGGGUACCAAGACGAAUUUAGCUGGUGGAGCGAGUUGAAAGAGCGAGAGAAGUACACUGUCAUGAUGCCCUUUCUCGACCGCCACACCAACGCGGCCGACGGGGGCUACACAUGCCGCGGGUGCGAUGCUGCCAUCCAGAAGCUGUAUGGCCAUCUCAAGGUGAAUCUCGUCUACAUGAACACCGUGUUUGCGACCGAGGCGGCUUUUUUCAAACACUUUGCCGCCUGCCCCGACGCCAUCGAAAUGUGGAAAACGCAAAGCGAAGCCUAG